AUGAAGCGCUCGCCAGACGGGCUUGUACCGGCUAGGGGGUUCUUGAAGUCUGGCUUGGCUCCGCGCCCUUCUUUCAACGACGGCUCAUACCCAGAGCCACUCGAAAUCGUCACCGACGACGCUGGUAGCAGAAAGGCUAUCCAGAGCCUGCGGACUCCUGUCAGCACAUACGACAGACGCGUGAGGUAUGCCGUGUACGAGUUUGAGACGUUGUUGGACAGCAGCUCCAUCGACGCCGAAGGCUGGGACUACAUCGCUCAGUGCGUGUACUGGAACUACAAGCUGUACGACGGCUUCGUCAUCCUACAUGGCACCGACUCGCUGGCGUAUACCUGCUCUGCGCUCAGCUUUAUGUUGCAGAAUUUGGGUAAACCGGUCAUCCUAACGGGUUCCCAAGCGCCAAUGAUGGAGCUCCAGAACGAUGCCACGGACAACCUCUUAUCGUCUCUGAUAAUAGCCGGCCACUUCAUGAUACCGGAAGUCUGUCUCUUCUUCAACUUCAAGCUCUUCCGCGGUAACCGUGCAACGAAGGUGGCAGCAGACGACUUCAACGCGUUCGCUUCGCCGAACAUGCCGCCACUAGCCACUGUAUCUGCCACAAAAACACACGUUUCCUGGGAUGCAGUAUACCGGCCAACAGAGAUGCAAGAAUUCAACAUACAAAUGAGACUGGAUACAGCACACGUAGCGUGCAUCAGGAUAUUCCCCGGCAUCAGGCCAAACAUGAUAGACGCCGUCCUGCGCCAAGAAGGCCUCCGAGGGUUGGUACUUGAGACGUACGGCGCGGGGAACACGCCAGGCGGGCCGGAUUCGGACAUGACAAAGGUGCUUGCGGAUGCUGUCAAGCGCGGGACUGUGAUUGUCAACGUAACGCAAUGCCUUAGCGGCAGCGUUAGCCCGCUCUAUGCGCCGGCUACUGUUCUUGGGAGGGCUGGGGUUGUGUUUGGACAGGACAUGACGACUGAGGCGGCACUCACUAAGCUUUCGUACUUGUUGGCAUUACCAGAUACGACGCCUCAGGAGAUUGCUAAGCGCAUGAGCGUGUCUCUACGAGGCGAACUCACGGAGGCCUCUCGCACGCAUUUUCAGCACCCGAACAGCGGAACACUUACUCCAGAAAUCUCAAGUCUUAUUGCAUUGGGCUACAAGGUGCAAGAAGGCGACCUACAGGGUGUCCUGGAUGUGAUGCGCUGGGAGAAGAGGUGGCUGCUCAACGAUACGGACUACUCUGGAAAUACGCCUCUUCACCUCGCCGCUCGCUGCCCGAACGUCGAGAUACUUCGCGAGUUCCUUUCUCAGGGCGCCUCGGUACAUCUUCGAAACCGCGAAGGUCGCACUCCUCUCUUCCUUGCAGCGCAGGCUGGAUUAGCGAAGCAUGUGGAGCUUUUACGAGAGGCUGGAGCGCAUCCAUACUCAGAAGAGAUGAGAGCCGCAAGACUUGAGGCGAAAGAAGGGAGAGGCGACGCUGCUCUUUGGAGGGCAGCAGGAUAUUCCGUUGACGAUUGA